GAGUUUCAGGUGAACUUCUUGUCCUCUCUCUCUCUCUCUCUCUCUAAGGUCUGAACCGUCUGAACCAUAUGUCAUGAAAUUUAUUUCAAGCUGAAACUGAAGCUCUGGUUCUAGUUUUUUUUCUUAUGUGCGAAUUAGGCUUGGGGCUUUGCAAGCAUAUAGUGGAUAACCAAGCUAGGGUUUGGCAUUUUGAAGCAAACGGGGGGAAAUGUUUAGAUUUGGAUGGCAAGUUUUGGUGAAGAUUUUUCUCAGUUUGACAUGUCUGAAGAGGAAUUGGACAAGCUUGUCGCAGAAGUUAUCCGCUAUCUCCUUUUUAAAACCCACCAGAGCUCAGGGUGCCUGAUUAAGAGAGAUGAGCUUACUCAACUGAUUACAAAGAGUUAUCGUCAACGAUCCCUCCCUGCUUAUGUUAUUAAGAGAGCCGGAGAGAAGCUCUCAAGCAUUUUUGGUUAUGAAAUGAGGGAGCUUCAACGAUGUCGUCCAUCAUCAACAAAACAGGCUCGCUCUUCACAAUCAAGUGUUGCCGAUGCAAAAUCUUAUAUUUUAUCAAGUCAGCUACCUGCUGACGUGUAUAAGAAAUAUGUUGAGGAUGUAAAUACAGCACAUCUGACUGGUUUUACUUUUGUUAUCAUUAGUAUUGUACAUCUUGCUGGAGGCAAAAUCCCUGAAGAAAACCUUUGGCAUCAUUUGAGGCGGAUAGGAUUAUCUGAAAGUGAUGACAGCCAUCCAGUCCUUGGAAAUAUCAAGCAAGCUUUGGAAGCACUAGUGCAACAAAGAUAUCUGCAAAAGGACAAAGUUAAUGGCCCUGAAGGUAACACUCUGUUUUAUGAGCUUGCUGAAAGGGCUUUAGAUGGAUCAGUGCAAGACAAAAUUAAAGAGUACAUAUCACAGAUUGUAAAUAGAGACGUUGCCUCUGUGGAUGGCAGCUAGAGUCUUGCGGUGAGCAUCGUAGAGGUGAUACAGUUGACAGAUCAAAUGGAAGCUUUUGAUUGUGUUUCCUUUAGGGUGCACACAUGCAGCAGAUGGUUCAUUUUUCUUUAUGUGCUUGCAGCCGGAUCCAGGAUUUUGAAGCUCUGGCCUUCUGAAGUUGUUGCUUUUUGAUGGGUGACUAAUGAAGAGGUCGCUGUUUGGAUGGGGCAAAGUAGUAUUUGCCUAAUUAUGUGUUGACAUGUCCUAUUUGUCUCGAGUUUUAUUUUGUAUAUUGCACUAGCAGGUUGCAUUCUGUUGCUGGUGAAUGUUAAUGUUUGUACUCAAAUACUUGGAUAUUUGUAUAAAGGCAAUCAAAUAGGAGUCUAUUCAGCCCUAUCUUCAUACU